UUUACUCGACCCAUCCGUUCACGGUAAAAUCGAGCCCAACCCACUGCCCGCCUCCACCCUCCAUCGACGGCGGCCAUGCAGAGCAGCCGCCGCCUCGCCCGCGCGCCGCCGCCCAGAACCCUGUUCACCCGCCUGUACUCCUCCUCCUCCUCCUUGCUGCCCGCGAACGGCGCCGGGGAUGGAGCAGGAAGCAGCAGGGUCGGUGGGGUCGCGGUCAAGCAGGUGACGCGGGGGAACCUGGCGGAGGCGCUGGAGGAGCUGCGGGCGCGGGUGCGCGACGCGGCGUUCGUGGGGCUCGACCUGGAGAUGAGCGGCGUCACGAGCGCGCCAUGGCGGGACACCUUCGAGCUCGACCGCGCCGACGUCCGGUACCUCAAGCUCCGCGACUCCGCGCAGCGCUUCGCCGCGCUACAGCUCGGCGUUUGCCCCUUCCGCUGGGACCCCGCCAAGUCUGCCUUCGUCGCCCACCCGCAUAACUUCUUUAUCUUCCCUCGCAAGGAGCUUCCAGAUGACAUUUCAUCUCACGAAUUUCUCUGUCAGACCACUUCAAUUGACUUCUUAGCAAAAUACCAGUUUGAUUUCAACACGUGCUUCCAUGAAGGAAUAUCUUAUUUAUCCAGAGCACAAGAAGAAGAGGCUCUUCAGAAAUUAAAUGUGUUGUAUCAUGAUGGAAUAGCAUCUCCAAACACGUCUGAAGAGGAAGAUGUGCCAUUAAGGAGUACUGCUGAUCUUCUUUUCACAGAGAGAAUGAAAAUCAAAUUCAAGGAAUGGCGUGAUGUGAUAAUCAGCAACCCAAGAAUGGAUAACCAUUGGCUAGAAUGCAAUAAAUUCAGCACACACCAAUUUCAGACAGUUUUCUUCAAAAUGCACCCAGCUAUUUUACUCAAUGGAUUCACAUCGCAUCAGUUAAAGUUAAUUCAACAGGUUUUAAGAAAAGAUUUUAAAGACCUCAUGUAUAUUUCAACAUUUGGUGAGGAUAACACGUCCGAAAAAAGAGUAGUUUAUACAGAUGAUAGUAACGACAGUGUAUCAUUGAUGAAAGAUUUACAGGAAGAUUUACUCAGAAGUAGAGAAGCAAGAGUCAAAUCAGCAGUAGGAAUACGCCAUGUCAUUGAUCUUCUUGCCUCAGAAAGGAAAUUGAUUGUUGGUCAUAGUUGUUUCUUAGACAUUGCACAAGUCUACAGCAAAUUUAUUGGUCCUCUUCCAUCAACCGUGAAGGAGUUUGCCUUGGGUAUCCACAAAAUUUUGCCGUACAUUGCAGAUACUAGGCAUCUUAUGUCUGCCAGCGACUCGGUUCAAUAUCUGAUGAGGCAGAAAAGCAAAUCUCUGUCCUCAGUUUUCUCAUUGUUGUGCCCUGCAUUUCAUUCAACUGUUGCAGAGCCAUCUACCCUUUCUCCUGUGAGAAUUGAAGUUGAGGCAGAUGAAACAAUGUUAUCUUGCUUUGCUUCAGGUGCUAAGCAUGAAGCAGGGUAUGAUGCUUUCAUGACUGGAUGUGUUUUCGCGCAGCUGUGUGAUCAUCUUGAUGUCAAAUUUGAGCACCUCCCACCUAGGGACAACUUAGCGAUGAAUAAUAAGCUGCAGAAAUACAUCAAUCUUCUGUCCCCAAGCUUUAACAGUGGAACAUCACUUGAUUUAAGUACUGGCAUGGAGAGACCAGAUACAGGUUAUAAGCGUAGAUAUCCUACUGUUUUGUAUGAUAAUGUUGUUCUCAUCUGGGGAUACCAGUCUGAGCUAAGACCAAGGGAUAUAAAGGAUUGCAUCUGCAAAGUGUUUGGUCCAGCUUCAGUCACGACAAUCUUCUCGAUUGAUUCCACUGCUGUCCUUGUUCAGUUCAGUAAACAAGAGUCUGUAAACGAUUUCAUGGAUCUGAAGGCUGCGUUGGAGAAAACAGAUAGUGCUAUAUCAGUCUUGCACCCUCUGUCAACUAUAUUGGAAGGAGGCAAAACACGAGCUGCAAACUAUGACACCUACAGAGACAUUUGUGGCUCAUCUGUAUCGAAGUAUUUCUUUGCAGACCAAGCUGAAGCUGUCUGUUCAAGUUCAAAGAGUCUGCUCAAAUGUGAGAACAUAGAUGCUGCUGAUACACCCGGAGUAAUACUAAACGAGAGUAUCCUUGAUGAAACUAUACCUACCUCAGAAAAGCAUGCAGGCGGAACAAAGAAUGUUUCCAAGAAGGAAGAUGAUAGUGAAAUUUCAUGCCAAGAUAUCUUAGAUGCACUACAAGAUGGCAAAGCAUUAUUCGACAAACGAACAAGAAGCACGUGACUAACAUUAACUUUUGCCUUUAUUGGGGCCUGACUGCUUGAUACAACAAUUGUUCUGAUGAGUAUGUGUUCUAUAAAUGUAUCUGUGCAGGGUGCUUUUUAGCACUCACCAUUGUAACUCUGCAGUACAGCAUUAUCUUGUGCUGACGCAGGCAAGUAUUUUUCUUGAUCUCAUUUAAUAGCGUGAUGGUUUUGAUACCAAAUGCUGCCAUCCUUUGUUAUAAGACAAGCAGAAGUGCAGAACUACUAGCUCAAAUUAUCCUCUGUUUCACUCGUU